GGAUUUGCAUUGAAUGUUUUUUUAUGACACUUUCUGCGCCACAUAUCCAUAUAUCUAUAUAUCUAUAUCUAUAUCUAUAAUAUUAUUAUUUGCACACAUACAGAGAGAGUAUAUAUAGUAACGUAGUUUCGGUUGGACUGACAAUAAAGCAGACUUUGACUUUGACUGUAGAGACGACCCAACCGCCAGAGCAACAGGAAAACAGCUUCCUCCGCCUCCUGGGGCUUUAAAGGCAGCCACAUCCCACCGCCGCCUCCUCCUCCUCCUCCAGCCUUGCCCCCCCUCCUCCUCCUCGUCCUCUGUCACCGUCGGUCUCCUGGAUGCGUCCGGUCGGAGCCGCUUCAGCUUCGCUUUAAUUCCACCUGCGUAUUUAGAGCAGGUGAAAACUUUAAAGGAAGGAAGCUCGACGUCAGCCAUGCAGAAGGUGGAGGGACGGGUCACUCCAGUGAACCUGCCCUCAUCCAGGGGCCUGAGCGCCCCAGGGUCUCCUGCUACCGGCAUCAUGACCCGUCUGAAUGACCAGGUGGUUGGCUACAGGGACCUGGCUGCUCUGCCCAGGGACAAAGCCAUCCUGCAGGUGGAGAGGCCCGACCUGAUGACGUACCAGCCUCACCUCAGCUUCUCGCCGCUCGACCCGCCGCGCAGGGAGGUAAACAAACACAGCACCACGCACACAACAACACGUGAGCUGGAAACACUCUGGUGUCUGUAUGUGACGCGUGCUGCUGCCUCCAGCUACAGAGGCUCAGUCAGCUCUGGUCUGAUGCAGCGACCGUGGCGAUCACUGUCUCCGCCCACCUCGUCUCCUUCCAUGUCUCCUGAGGUGAAAGGACGGCGAGCGGAGAGCGAGAGUGGUUCUCCUGGAGGAUCCACGCUGCAGCUCCAGGCUGGACGCAAGAUCAGCACCAGCCUGCAGCACUUCCACCGGCCCGAGGUGGGAACCAACAUCUACAGGAAGCCUCCUAUCUACAGGCAGGAUGUGGCGAAACACCUGGAAGGAACUGGAGUCAUUCAGUCAGCCAAGUUUCCAGCAGCUCAGCCUCCAGAUCCAAACCAGCCGUCUAAAAUCGAGACGGAGUACUGGCCCUGUCCGCCGUCGCUGGCUGCCGUGGAGAUCGAGUGGAGGAAGAAGAAGCUGCAGGAGGAAGACGAGUUUGAGGACCUGACAGAAGAAGCCAAGACGCUGCAGGAGCAGGAGCUGGAAAAGAUCCAGUCCAACCUGGGCCGACUGAUCCUGAAGGAGGAGAAGGAGAAAGACGUUCACUUCCGCAGGAAGACGCAGUCGCUGCCAGACAGAAGCCACAUGCACACGAGUUCGUCAGCAGGUGCAUCCAAGUCUCCCUCGCACUCAGGCUCAGGCUUGACCAGAAUGCAGUCAGCAGAGUUUUCCACCGACAGAGAUCGAGGCCGAGCAGCUGCCCAGAACGGUGAGGCUCGGCGGGACAGAAUGGACCGAGGAAACUCUCUGCCGAGUAUCCUGGAGCAGAAGGUCUUCCCCUACGAGGCGCUGAUCAUCACCCAUAGAGGGCGCUGUAAGCUGCCGCCAGGAGUGGACCGCACCAGGCUGGAGCGGCAUCUGGCUCCAGAGGAGUUCCAGCAGGUGUUCGGGAUGCCCAUGGCCGAGUUCGACCGUCUCUCUUUGUGGAGACGAAAUGAACUGAAGAAGAAAGCCUCGCUUUUCUAACAGGAAGUGACCCGGUGCUCAACACAUACCUAAUGAACAUCAGGAGCCGGUCGCCAUGGUAGCAACAUCCUCCAUCUAACCAACCCAUUACGUCGCUGGACACUUUACUGAUGGCUGGUCCUGAUAGAGCCUUUAACUGAUGCACUGACACUCAUACUAAUUACCUGUGCUGCACUUAUGAUAACCACCGCUUGCAUCAUCUCACUCAUCACAAACAUCCCACCUAUGGUUUCUAGUGUUGAGCGUCCAGGUGUGUGUCAUGAACAGAUUCUAUUCAGACCUUUACACCAGUGGGAUCUGAUUAGGGCCUCCAUGACUCAUGGCUCCCACCUCGGACGUUCUGCUCUUAAUUGAACGACAGCUGAAUAAUGUGGAGAUUAAUACGCUUUGAUUGAACUCAGUCUGACGUGAGGUCAGUUCUACUGCCAAAGGUCUCGCCUCCUGGUUUUCUUAUUCAUCCUCGUAGCAGCAGCUUUAGUGUCUGUGUUGCAGUAGAACAUGUCUUCACGCUUACUUCAUAUCUCCAGUUGCUUCUGUUGUUAGUGUAAAGGAGUCUAAUAAAUCAGAUGACGUUGGA